CCCCCCCAGAACCCGCCCCGUCUGCUUUCUCUGUCUCCCAUCGCGGCUGUGUCCUGCGCUUCCCUUGUGUCUGCACAGGGGCCUCGGCCUCUCCAUCUCUCUCUCUCAUUGUGCGUUCUGGUGUCUCCCCGUGUCUGAGUUUCCGUCUGGGGCGCUCACAUCUCUCUCUGAUUCACCCCCACACGCCCCGCGCCCCGGACCCCCGGGGCCUGUCGGGCCACCGCACACCGUUCUGCCGGCCUCUGGGUCCCUGAGACCCUUUAACCUGUGAGGACGUCCAGGAUCACAGGUGAGGUUCUUGGGAGCCUGGCAUCCGGCCCAACCACAGCCUGAAGGUUGCAGGCCCGACACCUGACCCCUGACCCCUCUCUCCUUCCUCCCUGCAACCCCAAGCCUGACAUUUGACCCGCAAAAGAAAUCGGGCCUCUGACCUCAGACCACAGGCCCCUCCCCCGUCCCACAGUGACCUCACAAAGGUCACCGGCCUCUUCCCAGGCCGAGCCCGUCUGCGAUGGCCCAGCUGGCUGCAGGCAGCGCUGUGCCCUGCGCUCUGGUGGCCCUCACGGUUUUCGGGGACCCCGCCUGGGCCUGUCUCCUGUGCUUCACAUCCUACAGCGAGCGCAUCCGCAUCUGCCAGACCUUCGUGGGGGUGGCGGGCCCCAAAGUGGAGAAGUGUGAGGAGGCGCUCGAGGCUGCCUUUAAGGGCCUUCUGGACACUGAAAUCAAUUAUGAUGAGAGAAGCCACCUGCAUGACUCCUUCACCCAGAUGACCCUCUCCCUCCAAGAGAUAGCCACCGCUCAGGGGUCCUAUGAGGUUGCCUUCCCUUACGCUGCGGAGAAAAUGCGGGAGGCCAUUGCGCAGCUUAAAGAAGGUAAAAUGGACUCCAACUCCUUCUCCCAGGUACACACACAAUUUUUUUUAAAAAACCCAGCCUUAAAGCGGCCAUUCGCCUUUCAGGCCUGCAUCCCUCCCUGCGGACGCGGCCCGUCUGCAGUUCAGGACGUGACGGUGAGACGGGGCGAUCAGGCCAUGUUCUCCUGCACCGUCAACUUCCAGCUGCCCAGGGAGGAGAUUACCUAUUCCUGGAAGUUCGCAGAAGGGGGUGUGAGUAGGGGCGGGGCCCGCGCGAAGGUGUUUUGGAGGCGAGUUCGGCUUCAUUGAAGAUGGGGAGUCAGGACGCAGGGGUGGGGCUGGGGGGUGGGGAGGAGGAUCUCGGCCUGGAUUCAGGCUGCGUGCAAAGGGAGGGUCCUGGCAUUUUGGGGAGGAGUCGAGGCUGACGCUGCAGGACCCGGGCUGGGGGACUGACUGUGCGUAAUUGUUCAGGGCGGGUGCGCAAGUUUCAGACCCCAGGGGCGGAGUCAAGAUUUAGGAGG